CAACAGCAACAGCAACAGCAACAAAUGCCAUAUUAUCAGCAAUAUAAUACCAAUGCUCAGCAGUCAUCGAUGUCAAAUAUGUAUAUUCCGCCUAAUUUUGGUUUAUCAGCAACAACAAGUCAAACCUAUCAACCAAGACACCCACCUGUUGAUGCGAGUACACUCUUGAAGGGAACACAAAUAAGACGUGUAGAAUGUCCCGUAUGCCAAAAGAUGCUAGAAGGGGAUGAUAUGGCUAUUAAUCACCAUGUCAAUGAACAUUACAACUAGUAUAAUAAUAAUUCCUGAAUAAAAUGUGAAGCCUGACUUUGAUUGUUACACGCCC